AUGGCCGAGACACAGACAGACGCAGAGCGCUGCCCAAUAUGCCCCGCCAGCGGUCCACCGACUCGGAACAAGCCCGUCGGCGACGGCGCUCCUCUCGACGACAACAACGACGAGCUCUACUGGAUCGCGUGCUCCAAAUGCGAGACCUGGUACCACUCGACCUGCCUGGUCCAAGGCUCGGAGACCCAUCGAUCCACUAUCCCGGAUGUGGUCAUGGCAUCUCUGGGCGAUCAUCAGGGGGCAUGGACAAAUUGGACCGCCUGGAUCGACAAGUGGUAUUGCCGGACCUGCCUAGACUUUUCGGUCUCGCCGGAGAACCCACGUCCACCUCGUCAUCCCUUCAAGGCUACCGUCAAGUCGGGCUGUCCCCCCAAGCCUGGCGCUCCCUCGGUGAAGAAGGCCAAGGGUCGCUCUCCCCACGCAAGCCAGAGUCCGGCCCCAUCCAAGCGGCCUCGGCUAUCCUCGAGCCAGCCGGGCGAUGAGAAUGCCCGGCCGAAGCGGAAGGCGGCGGAGAAUGCGCCGGACUACCACGCGUGGAACCAUGGUAUACCUACACCAACGGGAAAUUGGCUCAAGCUCAUCCAAGAGCCGGAGAAGUACGGGGCGGAUAUACGAAUUGGGGACUUUCCUCAGGUCUCGGGGGAGUUAAUGUCCAAGGAUUGGCUGGAGUCGGACGCAGUUGGCGCAGUCUCUCCUAUGACCUUCUAUGGACCAGAUAGGCGGCCGAUGAUCGUGCGGCCGGAGCAGGGCGGGAUAGAGGGGAUGGGAGGGAAGCUGCCAGACGCAAAUCUGACCGUCAGCGAUGUGGCGGAGCAGCUGGGUCGGAAUCACACCGUCGAUGUCAUUGAUGUUGCAUCUCAAACUUCGUCACAGUGGAACCUCGGCAAAUGGGCGGAAUACUUCAAGGCGUCCUCGGAAGCCGACUGGAACGGCAAGGUGUACAAUAUCAUCUCCCUCGAGAUCACGGGUACACCGCUGGCGAAGAAGGUCACGCCCCCUCGAAUCGUACGAGAGAUCGACUGGGUGGACAACUACUGGCACUUUGAAGGCGGGAGGAAGAAGGCGAUCGCUGCUGCGCAAAAGGAGGGUGGGCCGGAGAAGGACGGAUCACUUCUUACCCAAGAUGGGGAUGGAUGGGUGCAGGACAAGGCAAAGGCGGGCGCAAAGUGGCCAAAGGUCCAGCUCUACUGCCUUAUGGGGAUCAAGGGAUCGUGGACUGAUUGGCAUGUCGACUUUGCCGCCAGCUCGGUCUAUUAUUCGAUCCACACCGGCUCCAAGGUGUUCUACUUCAUCAAGCCGACAGAACACAAUCUGAAGAUGUAUGCGCAGUGGUCUGGCGACGCCGACAUGCAGCAGACGAAAUGGCUCGGCGAUCUGUGCGAGGGCGGUGUUGAGAAGUGCACACUGGUGGCUGGGGAUACUAUGAUCAUUCCUGCAGGCUACAUCCACGCUGUCUACACACCGGUCAAUACUAUCGUAUUUGGCGGCAACUUCCUACACUCCUACAGCAUCCCCACCCAGCUGCGCCUGCGUCAGAUCGAAAUCGACACCAAGGUCCCGCAGCGCUUCCGGUUCCCCUUCCUCGACAAGAUGGUAUGGUACGUCGCCGAGCGGUACUGUGCGGAUCUCCGCCAGCUCCGGGCAUACAGAGCGAAACCUCCCGCAAACCCUCUCUCCCCACCGCAUAUUGUCGUUCUGCGGGGACUAGUCGUCCUGGCCGACUUCCUGCAAAGUCAAAUCGACAUCCUGGAUGAUGGCGAGGCGGAGGACAAGAAGAAGAAGUUGGUACACGAGCGAAUUCCGGGGGAUGUGGUGCGGGACGCGCCGGGUCUGGCGAGGGAGCUAAAGUGGCGAGUCGAAAGGGAGGUACCGGAGGGUGAACGUACUGUUCCUGUGAAGAAGGAGGUACAGGUGGAAGUCAAGGAGGUCAAAGUGCCAACGAAGAGGCGGACGAUGGAGGAUAAGACGACGGCUCGGGCUGCUCGAACGACUGGAUUUAGAUCGAGACCGUGGGAUCCCGCUACCUCCUACCCGGUGGAGACUGGGGAAGUCCAUAGCUUCGCACCUCGUCCUGCUCAAGAUGGCACUCCUGGAGAAGUCGAGCCCGUACAUAUCACCACGGAGACAUUCCGGCAGACGAUGAAGCGCCAGUACGGGCUUGUGGGGGACAAGACGGUAAUAGAGGAGAAGGAGGUGAUACUCACGGAGCGAAGGUAUAUCUGGGGAAACGAGGCGAAGGGAGUGAAAGACGAAGAAGGAGCGGAACCCCCAGCUGUCCCAGCUGUAGCGCAAGCGGAGGCAAUGCAGACUGAGUAA